AGCACACCCUAUUCCAGUCAGAUAAGCGUGUUGGGGGCGCUGAGGGUGUGGACCUAUCUACCCAGAGACAACUACAGCAUUUAUAGCUAGUAACUUAUUCUCUCACUUUACUACAACGCAUAAAGCGACCAUUAUAAGUGUUCCUUAAUUCCUGGCUUCCAUUCCUGAUAAGGUCCCAGAUGAGGGACUAAUGCUUGCUGGAACUUGCCUGAACUCUUCAGGUCUUCUUAAUCUUAGUUUCUCUACCUAAAAAGAAGAGUCCAUCGACCACAAUGGAUGAUAUCUUUACGCAGUGCCGGGAAGGCAACGCAGUAGCGGUUCGCUUGUGGCUGGAUAAUACAGAAAAUGACCUCAAUCAAGGAGAUGAUCAUGGUUUCAGUCCCCUCCACUGGGCAUGUAGGGAAGGACGCUCCAAUGUGGUGGACAUGCUGAUCAUGAGAGGAGCCCGCAUCAACGUCAUGAACCGUGGAGACGACACGCCUCUGCACUUAGCUGCCAGUCAUGGACAUCGAGACAUUGUGGGGAAGCUGAUCCAAUGCAAAGCAGACACCAAUGCAGCCAAUGAACACGGGAACACUCCACUGCAUUAUGCCUGCUUCUGGGGACAUAACCAAGUAGCUGAGGACCUUGUGAUUAACGGCUCUUUGGUGAGCAUCUGUAACAAAUAUGGAGAAACGCCUAUGGAUAAAGCCAAACCGGAUCUGCGGGAGCUCCUAAGAGAAAAGGCUGAAAAAUUGGGGCAGAACUUAAAUAAAAUACCGUUCAAGGACACAUUCUGGAAAGGCACCACCCGGACUCGACCGCGCAACGGUACUUUAAACAAACAAGCGGGGAUCGACUACAAACAGCUUUCUCUCACUGAAAAAAGAAAUGAAAACCAGUCUGGGGAGAUGUGGAAGGGACGUUGGCAGGGAAAUGAAAUCGCUGUUAAGGUGCUAAAAAUUCGGGACUGGACCGCAAGGAAGAGCAGAGACUUCAACGAGGAAUAUCCCAAACUCAGGAUUUUUUCCCACCCAAAUGUUCUACCUAUGUUGGGAGCAUGUCAGUGUCCUCCCUCCCCUCACCCCAUCAUCAUUACACACUGGAUGCCUUAUGGUUCCCUCUACAAUGUGCUCCAUGAAGGCACUAAUUUUGUGGUAGACCAGACACAGGCAGUCAAGUUUGCUCUGGACAUUGCAUCUGGAAUGGCCUUCCUACACACACUUGAACCUAUGAUCCCUCGCCAUUAUCUCAACAGUAAAAGUAUCAUGAUAGAUGAAGACUUGACAGCCAGGAUCUGCAUGGCGGAUGUCAAGUUCUCUUUCCAGUGUCCUGGCAGGAUGUACUCGCCUGCAUGGGUAGCCCCUGAGGCCCUGCAGAAGAAGCCAGAGGAGAUUAAUCGUCGCUCUGCUGACAUGUGGAGCUUUGCCAUCUUGCUGUGGGAGCUGGUGACCAGAGAGGUUCCAUUUGCAGACUUGUCCAACAUGGAGAUCGGCAUGAAGAUUGCUUUGGAAGGUCUGAGGCCCACCAUCCCUCCUGGCAUCUCCCCACACAUAUGCAAGCUUAUGAAGAUUUGCAUGAAUGAAGACCCGGCGAAAAGGCCCAAAUUUGACAUGAUUGUGCCAAUUUUGGAAAAAAUGCAGGACAAGUGAAAAACUGUUACUCUUCUCCUUUCUCAAACAGUUUCAAAACCUGGAUCUUUUUUAAUCAGAUGCUACUCUGACUCUUGAAAUGGUGUUUUGGUGCUUACCAGUAUUGCCUUAAUCUCUUUAUCGCUACAUUCAUCUCCUCUGAAGCUUCUGAGAGGGCAGCAGUCACUUCUUUUAUACAUGUUUUUUUCUGUUUCAAUUGAUAUGUCAUGUUAUAGUUUUUGUCAUGUAUGUCUUUGCAGGAGUUUGGCUGCUUCAUUUCUUAACUAAUCAUGUGGAUGAGUACAAUCGUUUCCUACUCACUAAACAACCUGUGGAGAUCACCAUGACGAUAUGUUGUAUCAGACGGCUGGAUUUCAGCUUAAUUCUGUUCAAAAUGUAAAUUCUGUGGUUGACUUAUGACUUAAAAUAACAGAUUAUCCUGAAAAAAAUACAUUACAGGAAAAAGGUGGUCGUUUCUGUGGCAAAGAACUGUAUUCAAUGAGCAAGCAUGCCAAACAUCAGAAGUUAGCUGAUUGCCUGAACUUACAAGGUUAUGCAUUUGAAUUCAUCAGUAUUGGCAGUUUAAUGCAAUCAUCCUGCAAACAGUUUAAAUAAAAAAAAAAACUUUUCUUUUUUCCUUUUACUGGGGCAGUGACUAUGCACCAAAAUAUUUUUGGGAAAAUGAGUUCAAUAGUGCAUCACAGGAUUAUUUUUAUCUUCUUGCAAUCAGUUUGUAACUGAAUUGUUUAUCAUGGCUUUAAAAUGUAUUAUGUUCUUGUAAUCUAAAUUCUAUGCCUCAGUUUUUUAUUUUUUAUUUACCCAUAUAUUUGAGCAAAAAGCAGUCAGCUGCUGUUGGCAUGCCAACAGCAUGAUAAAAGUGUUGUUUUCAUGUUGAAUGCAUUAAUAUUUUACUCUCUUAAAAUGCCUUCAGUUCUCUGUCAUAAACCCUGCAUGAAAUAAUUUCUUCAGAAACUAUUGCUACCACUGGGACAUUAAAACGCAGGGUUUAUGUCUUUCAAAGUAUAAUUACUGAUACUUUGUUAUUUUGAAAUGUCUAAUUGUCUCUGUAAUUCAUUUCACCAAACCUCAUGGCUGGAUAUCUUUACCCGCAUCGUUUCCGUGCCUCUACCUGCUUGCUUGCUUGUGCUGAAUCACAUGGUUGAAGCCAAAAUUAAGAACGAAUAAGAAAAUUGUAUGUAUUUAUAUAUAAGUAUAUUAAAGAUGUGCAAAGAAUCUGAA